AUGGCUCUCAAGAAUGUUUGUCGCGAGUUGGUAAACUACUUUUUUACUUCUCUUUCGGAUUCAGAUAUCAACUUUUACAUUUCAACUUUUGUUUAUCUUUCAAUCUUUUCAGUAUACUAACUGCAAGUCCAAAGUAAUGUCCGUAUCUUGGGGUACUCAAUAUGCCAAACUGAAGACCAAUCUUCGUCUUUGUGCCAACCGGCUGAAGUUGUUGCAGAAGAAGAAGACCGAAAUGGCACAAAAGGCGAGGAAUGAGAUUGCUGACAUGCUCAUGAGUAAGUUUCUGUUAUUUUUUGUAUUUUUAGGUAUAAAGAUAAUUUCCUUUGUGACGUUUUACAGAAUGUCUUAUCGCGUACUCUACUUUAAAAUUGUGCCGCAACGUUUAAUAGCUUGACGUUUAGAUGACAAAGCCGAUCGUGCCAGAAUCCGUGUGGAAUCGAUUAUCAGAGAAGAUUUUGUGGUUGAAGCCUACGAAUUACUGGAAAUGCUUUGUGAACUGUUAUUGGCCAGAUUUGGAGUAAUUCAGCAGAUGAAGUGUGUUUUUAAGGUUAUUUUAUUAUGGUAUUGGUAAUCAAUGUUUGACAGUUUUAACAAUAUUAUUUUAGGGAAAUAGACGACGGUAUUGCCGAAGCAGUGACCAGUAUGUUAUGGGUAGCACCUAGAAUUUGUCAUGAAGUUACUGAGUUAAAGGUUGGUUUUAUACAAUUUUUCUAAAAAUUAUAAUUUUUUAUAUAAAUAUAUGAUUUAUGAAUGAAUUUUAGGUAAUAAGCGACCAACUGACUCAAAAGUACGGUAAACAGUUCGCUGAAGCAGCAAGAAUGAACCAACUGCCAGAGCCAACUAGAGUGGCGCCAAAACUAGUCAACAAGCUGAGUAUUGGAGCUCCGAACAAGUUACUGGUCGAGAAAUAUCUGAUUGAAAUUGCUAAAUGUGCUGGAGUUGAUUUCAUUCCAGAUGCCAAAGUUAUGAGAGAAGAUGACGAUGAAAUGGCAAAGGCUGAACAAAACUUGAUCAACUUUGUCAACGAGGUGAGUUCUUAAGUAGUUUCUAAACACCUGUGUUAAUUUAGGUAUGAAUGUUUAAAUUAUGUGAAAUUUAAAAUUUUGGGUGACAAUAACUUUCUUUGGAGAUUGCCUGUGCUGAUAUAUAGUGCAGUUCAAUGAAAGUAUUUUUUUAUUCUAGGACAACAACAUUGGCUGGAAUGUGAACGAUCCUCCAGUAAACCUCCCGAACCAAAUGAACUCGGUUGUCUCACCUACUAACACGUUACCUGCUCAUCCAACUCCCCAACAAUACUAUCAGCCUCCUCCUCCCCAAAUGCCGACUUCUCAAGUCCCUCACCUUCCGCCAGCCGGCUACCAGCCUCCAAACAACUUUCAGCCACCUCCACCACCUCAGCUCAACAGUGUGGCGCCAGACACUGUAAGUUCUUUCAAAACAAAGUUAUCUUGUGUCAGAUGUCAUUUCUUUAACAAAUAUUAUUGCAGUAUAUGGCACCAGCACCCUCUCACAAGAAGUCCGAUGGUCAAGAACAUAUCUAUGAGUCACCUCCAGAUGCGUCUAAUGGUGAGUAACUUAAUAUAAUGACUAUUUAACUGCACUUUUAACUAAUUUACUUACUGUUGUACAGGCUAUAAUAUUAUAACUGCCUUUUUUAAGCUAUAUAGUGUUUAUGUUCAGAUAUAUUGUACGACUUUCCCGAACCUCCAUCAGACUUCGGAGAUGACAAGAAGAAUGGUGGCGGUGGAAAGAGCGCUCCUGGCGAUAACAUCAACUUCGAGGACAUAACUCAGCGAUUUAAACGUCUGAAUCAGAAGUAA